AUGUCGCAACCACCAGCUCAGGAACCAUUAUUUUUGCAACAACUCAUCAAUCAACAGCUGCGCAACAUCGAAACCUUAAAACGUCAUUGCAGUUCAGCAAAUCGAGCUGUAAGCAACGAUCAUAUGACCCUUUCCGCGUUGAACAAUCGAUUAAGAUUAAUUACACAAAUUUGGGAUGUAUGUGUGGGUUCCGAUGGAAUCAUUCAGAACACUAGGAAGGACGAAGUCGAUCCAUACUUCGAUGAAAAUAUAUUCGAGUCUGCUGAGGAAUACUUUUUAGAAUUCAAUGAUCACAUAUUGCGAGAGGUCACUCGUUUUGAACGAUUGGAAUACCAGGAAAUAUCUCAACGUGUCAGCACCACACCGCAAGCGUCAACACCUCGACUUCAAUCAACACCACUACCUACAAUAAACAUUCCGAAAUUUUCCGGUAGGUUAACAGAUUGGGCAACUUUUCGUGAUUAUUUCAAUUCUUUAAUUAUUCAAAACCCAAGUCUUGAUAAUUUGCAAAAACUUCAUUUUUUAAAGUCGUUUGUCGAACGUGAAGCAUCACUUUUAUUAAAAAAUACACCUCUUACGGAAAGUAGUUUCGAAUCUGCAUGGGAUCGUUUAAAAAAUAGGUAUGAAAAUUCUCGCGCAAUUAUUCAAGCUGAAUUAAAAGCAUUAUUUUCAAUUCCUGCAAUGAAAAAUGAGUCUGUUAUAUCACUUAAAAAUAUUCGCAGUAUUGUCACUGAAAAAAUAGCUGCUUUAGAAAAUUUGAACAGAUUUUCAAAAUUAACUGUUAUUCCGAAGGAAAAUAAAAGUUCUGAUGGUGGCAAGCAUCACACACUGUUACAUUUCAAAACAAAUGUGAAAUCUGAUGAAGCAAGGUCUACGCAAAAUCAAUCGUCAAAGCCGGAUUUUUUAUCUGACGAACCGGAAGAUUCGUCUGUCGUGCAGUUGUUACAUGCGGCUCCGGGAGUAGUGAAGUCUCAUCGAGUUCUUUUAGCAACUGCUCAAAUUAUCGUGAAAUCUGAAAGUGGGCGUGCGGUUCAGGUACGAGCAUUGUUGGAUCAAGGUUCAACUCGGACGUUUAUUUCGGAACAGCUCGCGAAUGCUUUGCAGAUUCAACCAAGUCAAUCCAAUGUUCAAUUAAGGGGGGUUGGUGAUGUUCAUGCCGGUGUAUCGUCAGGUCAUACUUCUAUUUCGCUUUGUUCGAAAACGGAAAAAGCUUCUCUUAUCGGUUCAAACAAAGGUAAUGUUAAUGAACCUAUCGCACAAAAUACCAUAUUCGGUUGGAUUUUGUUUGGAAACGUGGUAGAUGACAAUAUAAAUCAAUCUGAACAUUUCAACGAUUUUGCUACCUCGUGUUUAUGUAUUUCGAAUGAUGAUUUAACUAAAUCACUUCAGCGGUUUUGGGAGGUUGAAGAAGUACCUCACUCUUCUACUUUAACUCCAAUGCAUCAGGAUUGUGAAUCCUAUUUUGAAUCCACAUAUUCGCGUUUAGAUGAUGGUCGUUAUACGGUUAGGUAUCCUUUCAAAUCCGGUCCGCCGAUUAAUAUUGGAAAUUCGCUCAACUCUGCAAAAGCUUCUUUAUCUAAUUUAAAAAGAAUGUUUGAAAAAUCACCGCAUGUUGCUGAUCAGUAUAAAGCCUUCAUGGCUGAUUAUGAGGAUCAGGAACAUAUGACUCGCGUUCAUGAAGAACUUAUUGAUAAAUCCCAAGUCGUUUAUCUUCCGCAUCACCCGGUAAUUCGAGAGUCUAGUUCAACAACAGCAGUUCGUGCUGUGUUUAAUGGAUCAAGCAAAACUUCGAAUUCAACGAGUCUUAAUGAGCACAUGCAUAUUGGUCCGAAAUUACAGGGAAAUAUAUUCGCAAUUAUUCUACAAUGGAGAACCUAUCGGUUUGUUUAUGUAUCAGAUAUAGCUCAAAUGUAUAGGCAGAUUAGAAUAGACGACAAAGACCGCGAUUAUCAGAGAAUACUUUGGUAUGAUGCAGCAUUGGAUCAAAUUGUAGCGUUUCGUUUAAAUACAGUGACUUAUGGCACAGCUGCGGCCCCAUAUUUAGCAUUGCGAGUACUUCAACAAUUAGUGAAGGACGAAGGUGCAUUAUAUCCAUUAGCAUCAUUUGUUCUAGAAAAUCAAAUUUAUAUAGACGAUUGUCUUUUUGGUGGAGAUUCGAAAGAAGAAAUUGUUAAAAAUCGAAAUGAAGUAGUUGCACUUCUUAGCAAAGGUAAAUUUCCUUUAAGGAAAUGGGCCUCCAAUUCGUUGUCACUGCUCAAGGAUAUUGAUCCUUCUGAUCAUGGUCACGCUCUUGAAAAACCCUUGAAUGAUGAUGAUUCGAUUAAAAUUCUCGGUAUCGUUUGGGUUCCAGCACAAGACACUUACCAAUUUAGAAUUAAUCUCCCUUCCAACCCAAUUUUGACUAAAAGAGGAAUACUUUCUUUGAUCGCUCGGUUGUACGAUCCUUUAGGCUGGGUCUCCCCAGUGGUUAUCACUGCCAAAAUAUUAAUGCAAAAAUUAUGGCUCAAGUCAGUUAAUUGGGAUGAACCGUUAUCUACAGAUUUAGAAGAAUUUUGGCUUACUUACUACAGUGAAUUGACUUGUUUGAAUGAGUUGUCGAUCCCGCGAUGGACAGGACAAGGAGAAGAGGUUGUCGAAUCAACAAUUCAUGGAUUUUCGGACGCCUCAAACGUGGCUUACGCGGCUGUAGUCUAUGUUCGUCUUGUCUUAAAGUCUGGGGAAAUUCUUACUACUCUUCUUUCAAGCCGAACCAAAGUAGCUCCCAUAAAGGUACUUUCAGUACCCCGACUUGAGUUAUGUGGAGCAUUAUUGUUAACUCAACUUGUAUCCGCGAUAAAAGCUGUACCAGCUUUUGCAAAUUUAACUUCGACUUAUUGGACAGAUUCUACGAUCGUGCUCGCUUGGUUAAAAAGGCAUGCUUCAGAAUGGAAGACUUUUGUCGCUAAUCGGGUUGCGGCCAUUCAAUCAAUAGCUCCGUGCAAAAAUUGGCGACAUAUCGAUACUAAGGAAAAUCCCGCCGAUUUAGGUUCGAGAGGAGUUCGAGCGUCUCAUCUAGUAGUUAAUCAGUUGUGGUGGAAAGGUUCUCCCUGGUUAGCUUGUCAAGAAAUUUCAUGGCCUUCCUAUCAGGAAGCAUCUGAUCUGGAUACAAACCUCGAAGCACGUAUUCAUGUCUCUCAUGUUAUUACGGAUCCACCUGUGUGGUUUAACACCUUGUUGACUAGAGUUUCAAGUUGGGUGAAGUUUGUACGUAUCGUCGCAUAUAUUUUAAAGUUUUUACAACAGAAGCUCAAAUUGACAAUUCACGGUCGCAAGUUAGAAGAAAAUCUUUCGUUUGUUGAAAGGUGUCAGGAUAGUCAGUCAGUUAUUAUUCGUUUAGUUCAGUCGAGUUUAUUUCCAACAGAAAUAUCAAUGUUAAAACAAAAGAAAUCGAUUCCAAAAAAUAGUCCACUUGUGAAUUUAAACCCAUUCCUUGAUGAAAAAAAUAUAUUGCGUGUAGGUGGACGACUUUCUAAUGCGCCACUGGAGUAUGAUAGACGCCAUCCAGCAAUUCUCAAGAAACAUCCUCUCGUUAUUAUGAUAAUUCAGUACUUUCAUGGAAAAUGCUUGCAUGGUGCAACUCAACUAACUUUAAAUCAAAUUCGACAAUUCUUUUGGAUUCUUCGGUCGCGCCAAGUUGUCAAAUCGGUAAUUUAUAAUUGCGUAACCUGUGUUCGUUUGAGGGCCACAGUUGCCGAACAACUGAUGGGAACGUUACCUAUUAAUCGUGUUUCGCGUCCAGCUGGACCAUUUUCACACGUAGGAUUGGAUUACGCUGGUCCUAUUAAAUUAAAAUCGCAAAAGGGUCGUGGGCAUACGUCUCAUACAGCUUAUAUAGCAGUAUUUGUAUGUUUCGCUGUGCGAGCACUCCAUCUUGAAAUUGUUAGUGAUUACACAACGGAGGCUUUUAUUGCAACAUUAAAGCGAUUUGUAGCCCGUCGUGGAUUACCUUUAGUCAUUCAUAGCGACAACGGAACCAAUUUCAAAGGGGCGAAUCGCGAAUUGGAUGCUAAUUUUCAAACAGUCAUUAGAUCGCCGGAAGUACAAUCGUACUUGAUUAAUGAUAGAAUUCGAUGGGACUUCAUUCCUCCUGCUGCUCCACAUUUUGGUGGAAUUUGGGAGUCUGGUGUUCGUAGCGUUAAGUAUCAUUUACGAAGAAUAUUAAAAGAUCGAACUCCUCAUUUUGAGGAAUUAAAUACCUUGCUCUGUCAGAUUGAAAUGUGUCUAAAUUCGAGACCUUUAAGUCCACUUACCGAUGAUCCUUCUGAUCUUCGUGUAUUGACACCAAGUCAUUUUCUAAUUGGUGGGGAACUAACUGCGAUACCAGAAGCAUCCUUACUUAAUAUUAAAGAAAAUAGAUUGUCUCGAUGGCAAUUGUGGCAACAACUCUUAGAAUCGUUUUGGAAAGCCUGGUCUCAGGAUUACUUGUUAUCCAUGCAACAGCGUAAUAAAUGGAAACUUGUUAAUAAAAAUAUUGAAAUUAAUCAGCUUGUAUUAAUGAAAAACGAAACAAUGCCUCCCACGAAGUGGCCUCUUGGCCGCAUUACCAAGUUCAACAUGAUGUAA